AGCUUUUCCUAAUUUGAUUCUCUCCUCUCUCACAGCCCCUAACCAAAUCCACCUUCUCAAUACCACCAUCUUCAUCUCAAUUCCCUCCAUCAAUGUCAUUUCUUCUUUCUCUCUCCUCAUCCCAUUUCUUCUCCAAUGGCUUUCUCAUCUUCAAACAACAAAUUAUUCCCACAAACACCCAUUUCCCCCCCAAAUUCAGGCAUCCAAUUCCACCACACUCACUUCCCCCCACUCACUCUUUCACCAUAAAAUCACUCCAAAACGAUGCAGUUGAAUCAUCAAAUGCCUUCGUCCCCCAAAACCCGCCGCCGAGGACGCUUUUCCCUGGUGGGUAUAAGCGGCCAGAGAUCAAAAUCCCCAACAUUGUGCUCCAAUUGAAUGCUGCUGAAGUUCUGAGUGAUGGGUCGGUUGUUAAUUUUGUGGACAUGGCGGUUUCAAAGUGGGUUGGUAUCGUGGUUGUUAAUGGCGACGAAGGGAGUGGUGGUGGCAAGCUGUAUGAGGCUGCGUGUUUGUUGAAGUCUGUGAUUAGAGACCGCGCUUAUUUGUUGAUUGCUGAGCGUGUUGAUAUUGCUGCUGCUGUUAAUGCUAGCGGAGUUUUGUUGUCUGAUCAAGGUCUUCCCCCAAUUGUAGCAAGGAAUACAUUGAUGAGUUCAAAGUCAGAGUCAGUAGUCCUUCCUGUUGUAGGAAAGAUAGUGCAAAAUGUGAAUGCUGCACUCAACGCUUCUAGUGCUGAAGGGGCUGAUUUUCUUAUUUAUAGUACUUUUGCGAAAGAACCUGCUGAAAUUUUUAUGAACUCUAUUAAUAAGAAUGUCAAGAUUCCUGUCUUCAUUGAAAUGGAAUUGAUAACACCUGGUGGGUCAUGCGAAGAAGUAUCAAAGGUGCUCACAUCCGGGGCAAGUGGUGUUGUUUCUUCAUUGAAAGAACUGAAGUCUAGCGGUGACGAUUUUACCAAAAAUAUUUGUGACCUUUUCACUUUUGACGGAAAUAGGCAGGAAAAAGUUGCAAGCUUUAAUAGGCCCAACUUGCUGAGCACUACAAAUGGAUUUUCUGGGGAAACGGGGAUAGCUGGCUUUGUCAAUCUAGAGGAUAGGGAAAUGCAAUUCAUACAGAAGGAGAGACGAUUGUUAAUGGAAGCAAUUAACAUUAUUGAGAAGGCUGCACCACUGAUGGAGGAAAUUUCACUUCUCAAAGAUGCAAUCUCACAACUUGAUGAGCCGUUUUUGCUGGUCAUAGUGGGUGAAUUUAACUCGGGGAAAUCUUCAGUCAUCAAUGCACUCCUUGGAGGAAAAUUCUUGAUGGAGGGGGUAGUUCCCACCACCAAUGAGAUUACUUUCUUGCGCUAUGCUGAGCUAGAUGCUAAGGAGCAGCAACGUUGUGAAAGGCUUCCAGAUGGUCAAAAUAUUUGCUACCUACCUGCUGAAAUUCUGAAAAAGAUGGUUAUUGUCGAUACGCCUGGAACUAAUGUCAUCUUGCAAAGGCAGCAGCGCCUCACUGAGGAAUUUGUGCCUCGAGCUGAUAUACUUCUUUUUGUUCUUUCUGCUGAUCGUCCAUUAAGUGAGAGUGAGGUUACCUUCCUGCGCUACACGCAGCAGUGGAAGAAAAAAGUGCUAUUCUUGCUGAAUAAAGCCGAUCUGUACAGGAAUGCCAAUGAGCUUGAUGAAGCUAUUACAUUUGUCAAAGAUAAUGUGCGAAAGUUGCUCAAUGUAGAAAAUGUAAAGCUAUUUCCUGUAUCUGCACGUUCUGCUCUUGAAGGAAAACUUGCAACUACUGAUGGAGCAGAUCAACAUAAUCUUUUAUUGUCUGAAUCCUACUCAAGCUCUCAGACUUUUGAUGAAUUUGAGAAAUUUUUAUAUGCCUUCAUGGAUGGUUCAACAACUGCUGGCCUUGAGAGGAUGACAAUUAAGCUUGAAACACCUCUUGCAAUUGCUGAGCGACUGUUGUCUUCCUGUCAAACACUGGUGACACAGGAUUGUAGGUAUGCCCAGAAGGACUUGAUGUCAGUGCAGGAGGUAGUUCGCAGUGUUGAUGAGUAUGGAAUGAAAAUGGAUAAAGAGAGCAUUUUGUGGAGGCGGCAAAUUUUUUCACUGGUCAGUAAUGCGAAGGAGCGUUUGUUAAAAGUCGUGGAAUCUACCCUACAGUUGUCCAAUUUGGAUGUUGCUUUUUCAAUGUUUUUUGGAGGAGACAAAUCUGCUUCAGCUGCCACACAGAGUAUUCAAAGUGAUAUUGUCAGCCCUGCACUUGCUGAUGCUCAAAGAAUUCUUGGAGAAUAUACUUCAUGGUUAAGAGAGAGCAACAUCCGUGAAGGCAUGCAGUAUAAGGAGACAUUCGAGAAAAGAUGGUCUUUACUUUUUGACUCACACAACAAGGUGGAUUUUACCAGUAAUCUUCUGCAGAGGGAAGUUGAUACCCUAAGCUUAAAAUCACUAGAAAAGUUUAACGGUACAGCAGCCUCAAAAUUGUUUGACCAAGAAGUUCGUCAAGUGUUCGUCGGAGCUUUUGGAGGUUUAGGGGCUGCUGGUUUAUCUGCUUCACUACUCACAUCAGUGUUGCCAACUACACUAGAAGACCUUCUUGCACUUGGGCUUUGUUCAGCUGGCGGUUUGUUGGCUAUCUCAAAUUUUCCAGCUCGUAGGCAAAAGGUUCUAGACAAUGUCAAAAGCAUUGCAGAUGCUGUUGAACAAGAAAUUAUAGAAGCCAUGCAGCAGGAUCUGUCAACCAGCGUCAAGAAUAUGGAAGACUUUGUAACCCUGGUUGGCAAACCAUAUGAGGAGGCAGCACAACAGAAAUUAGACAAGUUAUUGGAUACUCGAGAACAGCUGACAGUUAUGGAGAAAAAACUCCAAACGUUACAGGUUGAACUUCAGAAUUUACAUUUAUCCUAAGCUGUCUUGGAGCUGAGAUGAUGUAGCUGAAGUCUGAAGACAAAUCUUGCAACAUGGGUAAAUAAUGUAUAGUAAGUGAAUCAUGAAACUUUUCUUGUCAAAUUGUUGUGAUAUUUCAUACAACCAUAUAGGUGACUCUUUAUCAGAUCAAUCUAGUUGUUUUGUUCAAACCAUUUGUUUCCGGAACAUGCAUGAUAAAAUGUGGUUGUAGCGUGUAACAACAGAUAUUGAGGUAAUCAAACGUUUUGUCUCUUUCGGUAAUGGAUGUGGAACCUUGCUGCGUGUUGUAAAAACAAAUACUUUUGUGUGAAAACAGUUUUUCUAUGAAGUUUAUUCCUUUGUUCUUUGA